AUGUGUCAGGUGAUUGCCACAACUCUGUUGCAAUGCACACAGCAGGAAGGAAGCAGGCAGAGUAGAGAAGUGGUACUGAGCAUUAGUGAUGAUCAAAAAACUCAGUACCUAAAUCAAGACUUCUAUUCUAAUGCAUACAAUUAUGGGUACGAAGUGAGCGAGAAUGGUCAGUUUCACCAUGAAGUACGUGGACCAGAUGACAUUACGUAUGGAUGCUAUGGGUACAUAGAUCCUUUCGGAAAGCUGAAAAGUACGUUUUAUAUAAGCGAUGGCUGGGGAUACCGAGUGGUCCAGCCAGGGAAAUCGGUAGAAUUGUUCUACCAUGAACACGACCCGAGCCAUCAUCAGGAUGAUUCGGAAGGGCACGAGCAUCAUGGUGUAAUUACCGAAUGGAAAGACUUGUAUUUCCCGGAGAUAUGUAAACACUUUGAUGGAACGGGGCCACCAGGAACAGGCACAAAUGGAUCAACUAGCGGUGGAACACCAGUAUCGCCUGGGUAUCCUCAAUAUCCUCCACAGCAACCAGGAUAUCCUAGUGAACCAGGAUAUCCGGGACAACCAGGCUACCCAGGAACUCCGGGGCAGCCGGGUUACCCAGGACAUCCGGGGACUCCUGGUAAACCUGGAAAACCUGGAUAUCCAGGAACUCCUGGCCAACCAGGUAUACCAGGAAGGCCACCUUAUCCUGGAACACCCGGCAUUCCUGGUAAACCAGGUACACCUGGCACACCAGGUAAGCCAGGACAUCCUGGUACACCGGGAACACCUGGCACACCAGGUAUUCCAGGGCAUCCCGGAACUCCACCACAGCCAGGAUAUCCUGGAUACCCCGGAACGCCACCACAACCAGGAUAUCCCGGACAACCUGGAACGCCGGGAACUCCCGGCACACCUGGAACACCGGGACAUCCAGGACGACCAGGAAAGCCACCGCAACCGGGAUACCCCGGACACCCCGGAACGCCAGGGACACCCGGAAAACCUGGACAUCCUGGAACGCCACCACAACCCGGAUAUCCCGGAUACCCUGGUACGCCGGGAACUCCUGGUACGCCUGGAACACCGGGCCAUCCCGGAAAGCCACCGAAACCCGGAUAUCCUGGUACGCCCGGAACACCAGGCCAUCCCGAAACGCCACCGCAACCUGGAUAUCCUGGACAACCUGGAUAUCCUGGACAACCUGGAUAUCCUGGACAACCUGGAACGCCAGGAACUCCUGGCACGCCUGGAACCCCGGGCCAUCCUGGUUAUCCUGGACAUCCUGGCACUCCUGGCACGCCUGCAACACCUGGUCAUCCCGGAACGCCAUCGCAACCUGGAUAUCCGGGCCACCCCGGAACACCACCGCAACCUGGAUAUCCCGGACAUCCUGGUACGCCGGGAACUCCUGGCACGCCGGGAACGCCUGGCCAUCCAGGAACUCCACCGCAACCUGGAUAUCCUGCACAUCCUGGCACUCCUGGAAUUCCUGGCACGCCUGGAACACCUGGCCAUCCUGGAACACCACCGCAACCUGGAUAUCCCGGACAUCCUGGCACGCCUGGAACACCUGGCCAUCCUGGAACACCACCGCAACCUGGAUAUCCCGGACAUCCUGGCACGCCUGGAACACCUGGCCAUCCUGGAACACCACCGCAACCUGGAUAUCCCGGACAUCCUGGCACGCCUGGAACACCUGGCCAUCCUGGAACACCACCGCAACCUGGAUAUCCCGGACAUCCUGGCACGCCUGGAACACCUGGCCAUCCUGGAACACCACCGCAACCUGGAUAUCCCGGACAUCCUGGCACGCCUGGAACACCUGGCCAUCCUGGAACACCACCGCAACCUGGAUAUCCCGGACAUCCUGGCACGCCUGGAACACCUGGCCAUCCUGGAACACCACCGCAACCUGGAUAUCCCGGACAUCCUGGCACGCCUGGAACACCUGGCCAUCCUGGAACACCACCGCAACCUGGAUAUCCCGGACAUCCUGGCACGCCUGGAACACCUGGCCAUCCUGGAACACCACCGCAACCUGGAUAUCCCGGACAUCCUGGCACGCCUGGAACACCUGGCCAUCCUGGAACACCACCGCAACCUGGAUAUCCCGGACAUCCUGGCACGCCUGGAACACCUGGCCAUCCUGGAACACCACCGCAACCUGGAUAUCCCGGACAUCCUGGCACGCCUGGAACACCUGGCCAUCCUGGAACACCACCGCAACCUGGAUAUCCCGGACAUCCUGGCACGCCUGGAACACCUGGCCAUCCUGGAACACCACCGCAACCUGGAUAUCCCGGACAUCCUGGCACGCCUGGAACACCUGGCCAUCCUGGAACACCACCGCAACCUGGAUAUCCCGGACAUCCUGGCACGCCUGGAACACCUGGCCAUCCUGGAACACCACCGCAACCUGGAUAUCCCGGACAUCCUGGCACGCCUGGAACACCUGGCCAUCCUGGAACACCACCGCAACCUGGAUAUCCCGGACAUCCUGGCACGCCUGGAACACCUGGCCAUCCUGGAACACCACCGCAACCUGGAUAUCCCGGACAUCCUGGCACGCCUGGAACACCUGGCCAUCCUGGAACACCACCGCAACCUGGAUAUCCCGGACAUCCUGGCACGCCUGGAACACCUGGCCAUCCUGGAACACCACCGCAACCUGGAUAUCCCGGACAUCCUGGCACGCCUGGAACACCUGGCCAUCCUGGAACACCACCGCAACCUGGAUAUCCCGGACAUCCUGGCACGCCUGGAACACCUGGCCAUCCUGGAACACCACCGCAACCUGGAUAUCCCGGACAUCCUGGCACGCCUGGAACACCUGGCCAUCCUGGAACACCACCGCAACCUGGAUAUCCCGGACAUCCUGGCACGCCUGGAACACCUGGCCAUCCUGGAACACCACCGCAACCUGGAUAUCCCGGACAUCCUGGCACGCCUGGAACACCUGGCCAUCCUGGAACACCACCGCAACCUGGAUAUCCCGGACAUCCUGGCACGCCUGGAACACCUGGCCAUCCUGGAACACCACCGCAACCUGGAUAUCCCGGACAUCCUGGCACGCCUGGAACACCUGGCCAUCCUGGAACACCACCGCAACCUGGAUAUCCCGGACAUCCUGGCACGCCUGGAACACCUGGCCAUCCUGGAACACCACCGCAACCUGGAUAUCCCGGACAUCCUGGCACGCCUGGAACACCUGGCCAUCCUGGAACACCACCGCAACCUGGAUAUCCCGGACAUCCUGGCACGCCUGGAACACCUGGCCAUCCUGGAACACCACCGCAACCUGGAUAUCCCGGACAUCCUGGCACGCCUGGAACACCUGGCCAUCCUGGAACACCACCGCAACCUGGAUAUCCCGGACAUCCUGGCACGCCUGGAACACCUGGCCAUCCUGGAACACCACCGCAACCUGGAUAUCCCGGACAUCCUGGCACGCCUGGAACACCUGGCCAUCCUGGAACACCACCGCAACCUGGAUAUCCCGGACAUCCUGGCACGCCUGGAACACCUGGCCAUCCUGGAACACCACCGCAACCUGGAUAUCCCGGACAUCCUGGCACGCCUGGAACACCUGGCCAUCCUGGAACACCACCGCAACCUGGAUAUCCCGGACAUCCUGGCACGCCUGGAACACCUGGCCAUCCUGGAACACCACCGCAACCUGGAUAUCCCGGACAUCCUGGCACGCCUGGAACACCUGGCCAUCCUGGAACACCACCGCAACCUGGAUAUCCCGGACAUCCUGGCACGCCUGGAACACCUGGCCAUCCUGGAACACCACCGCAACCUGGAUAUCCCGGACAUCCUGGCACGCCUGGAACACCUGGCCAUCCUGGAACACCACCGCAACCUGGAUAUCCCGGACAUCCUGGCACGCCUGGAACACCUGGCCAUCCUGGAACACCACCGCAACCUGGAUAUCCCGGACAUCCUGGCACGCCUGGAACACCUGGCCAUCCUGGAACGCCACCGCAACCUGGAUAUCCCGGACAUCCUGGUACGCCGGGAACGCCUGGUCAUCCUGGAACGCCGCCGCAACCUGGAUAUCCCGGACAUCCUGGCACGCCAGGAACCCCGGGCACGCCGGGAACGCCUGGUCAUCCUGGAACGCCACCGCAACCUGGAUACCCCGGACACCCAGGAACGCCAGGGACACCCGGUACACCUGGACACCCUGGAACGCCACCGCAACCUGGAUAUCCAGGACACCCUGGUACGCCGGGAACACCGGGCACGCCUGGAAUACCUGGUCAUCCCGGAACGCCGCCGCAACCCGGAUAUCCUGGACAUCCUGGCAAGCCUGGUAAGCCAGGCAAGCCCGGAAGGCCUCCGACCAUACCAUCACACCCUAGUACCCCAGAAAUUCCCGAUUCUCCCGGAACUGUGCCAUAUCCCCCCGAACCCGGACAUCCCAGUACCCCUGGAAAACCUGGUAGACCUGGGAAACCUGGCCAUCCUGGGAAACCAGGUCAUCCGGGAAAGCCUGGUCACCCUGGCAUUCCGGGCACACCUGGAACUCCUGGAACCCCUGGAAUACCACCAAUACCGGGACACCCUGGAUAUCCUGACACACCAAGCAUACCUGGUAUCCCUGGGAAACCUGGCCAUCCUGGGAAACCGGGUCAUCCGGGAAAGCCUGGUCACCCUGGCAUUCCGGGCACACCUGGAAUACCCGGCACCCCACCAAUACCCGGACAUCCAGGCUAUCCUGGGACACCUGGCACUCCAGGCACACCUGGAAUACCCGGGACACCGCCGAUACCAGGACAUCCGGGCUAUCCUGGAACACCACCAAUACCAGGCCAUCCUGGUACACCAGGAACGCCCGGGACCCCGCCGAUACCAGGACAUCCCGGCUAUCCUGGGACACCUGGAACUCCAGGCACACCUGGAAUACCCGGGACACCGCCGAUACCAGGACAUCCAGGCUAUCCUGGGACACCCGGCACACCAGGCACACCCGGAAUACCCGGGACACCGCCGAUACCAGGCCAUCCAGGCUAUCCUGGAUCUCCACCAAUACCAGGCUAUCCUGGUACACCAGGAACGCCCGGGACCCCACCGAUACCAGGACAUCCCGGCUAUCCUGGGACACCUGGAAUUCCAGGCACCCCUGGAAUACCCGGCACACCACCGAUACCAGGACAUCCAGGCUAUCCUGGGACACCCGGCACACCAGGCACACCCGGAAUACCCGGGACACCGCCGAUACCAGGACAUCCAGGCUAUCCUGGAACACCCGGCAUACCAGGCACACCCGGUACGCCGGGAACCCCGCCGAUACCACCACAUCCUGGGUAUCCCGGAACUCCAGGUUACCCAGGUUAUCCUGGAACUCCUGGUCAUCCAAGUAUUCCCGGUACACCUGGAAAACCAGGCAAGCCUGGCAAACCUGGCAAACCUGGUAAGCCUGGUCAUCCUGGCACUCCUCCUAUUCCACCUCAUCCUGGUUAUCCAGGUACUCCUGGAGUUCCUGGAACUCCAGGUACACCCGGUACUCCUGGAACGCAACCAAUACCACCGCAUCCAGGAUAUCCAGGUACACCACCGUAUCCCGGAGCUCCUGGCAAGCCAGGAAAACCUGGACAUCCCGGACACCCCGGUCAUCCUGGAAUCCCGAUACCAGGUCAGCCGCCGUAUCCUCCAUAUCCAGGAUAUCCUCCAGCACCUGAAGGUCCACCUGGCGGCGUAGGUCCCGAUGGCCCGAACGGUCCCUGGCCAAAUGGCCCGGAUGGUCCGCAAGGCCCAGAUGGUCCCGGCGGACCAGGAGGACCUGGAGGUCCCGAAGGUCCCGUAGGCGGUGUCGGUGGAGUAGGAGGAGUAGGAGGAGUAGGCGGCGAAGGACCGGCUGGUCCAGACGGUCCAUGGCCGACUGGCUCUCCUGGUCCCGAUGGUCCCUGGCCCGGUGACCCAGACUACGUCCCCGGAGCAAAACCAACGACCCGUCCGCGACACGAAGGACCCCUAAAAUUUCAAUAUCCGAUCAAAUAUUACGAACCGACAACGCCAACUCCUUAUAAUGGAGAUUUCGGACUGAAACAAGUAGACCAGUCGAACACUAAAUUCACAUCGGAGUACAGCAAAGACGAAACGUACAACGAGAAGAAUACUCAAUCCACAGCUUUCGCCUAUCCAUUUAAAAUAAGCAGCCCCUUCGGCGUGGAAGACGCGCAGCAGUACAAGAAUCAGUACAAAGAACAGGUGAACCAAAAGGCAGACGAGAUCAAUUCCCUGCUGCAAGCUCAACGUAAGGAGUCCCAUAGAUACGUAGAACAAUCAGAUCGAGAUAGAUUCGAAGGAGCUCGAAAGACGCAGAGGCCUCAAACGGGUUACAACAGAAUAGACACUUCCAGCGGUCUGGAGUACUCAGGCGAGGGUCGAUUCCAACAGAGCUCACGCGAGGACAGGAAGUUCCCCCAGCAAGUGACGAAAGUGAGCGAACCGGUGGUCGAAUUAGAGACAAGCCGCGAAUCCGGUGUAAAGUAUCGACCGGCUAUUGGAAGUAGUAUCGUGAAACAGGUAAACGAAUUAUCCGAGAAUGCUUACAAAUCCAAGUCCGAGUUCACUGCGAUCGGCGUUCAGCCACCGAGCCCGAUCGACGACAAGCCCUAUCAACAGUCCAUAGGGCCAGACCCGCAAACUUGUCCCUGUUACCUAGUCGAACCUGGCAACGAUACAGCCACCACGACGAGCACCACGUCUAUCCCUGUCAUUGGCCAGCUUGGCUUCAUUCCCGUGGUAUUCGUGCCGUACUGCCCGGGUGGCAGCGGCGACGAGACCGACGGACAAAACAUGAAAGACAUGUUCCCGUCCGCGAUGCCUGUACCGUACGCAUGCGACGCGUGCGGCGCGCGAACCGGCAAACUCGAGACGAGGCUUCUUACCCCGAACCAGCUUGGCAGCGUGGAGAACCUGCGGGAGGCCUUGCGGCAAGCGAAACUCGGUUUUUUGAAUGUUUCAGUUCGCGGCGACCGGGCGACGAACAGGAGACGAGCGAAGAACCGACGGGACGACAAAUGAAGAGUGCGACUGCGACACGCAGCCGUCGAGUCGUCGUUCGAACGCGAGGAAGGGCAAGCGUAAUCACGCAGACGGCUCGUAAGC